CGUCUGCUCUACUCUGAUCUGCAAAAUGGGCGUCUAAACCCUCACUCCCCCGCUUGCAUCCGACGAAAAAUCCUAAAUUCCCAAUCAUCCCGCCAAAACUGUACCAUUUUCCAAUUUUCCUAACCCACCUCUUUCUCCACCGCAGAAAACCAUAGUUUAGGGUUUCAGUAUCAUGCCAGCAAUGGAUUCGCCAGGCAAAAUUCAUCGAAUCGAACUCGAGAACUUCAAAUCUUACAAAGGACACCAAGUUAUUGGUCCUUUCUAUGACUUCACCGCGAUUAUUGGUCCCAACGGUUCUGGAAAGUCUAACCUCAUGGACGCUAUAAGCUUCGUGCUCGGUGUUCGAACCGGUCAACUCAGGGGCGCGCAGUUGAAGGACUUGAUUUACGCUUUCGAAGACCGGGAUAAGGAGCAAAGAGGUCGUAAAGCUUUUGUUAAGUUGGUUUAUCGUCUUGGAAACGGUACAGAACUCUUGUUUACUCGUACUAUUACUAGUGCUGGGGGAAGCGAGUACCGGAUCGAUGAUAGGGUUGUGAAUUGGGAUGAUUAUAAUGCGAAGUUGAAGUCUCUUGGAAUUCUUGUGAAGGCUAGGAAUUUUCUGGUUUUUCAGGGUGAUGUGGAGUCUGUUGCAUCUAAAAACCCUAGAGAACUUACAGUGCUUCUUGAACAAAUAUCUGGCUCUGAUGAAGAUAAGAGAUUGUAUGAAGAUCUGGAGGAAAAGAAAGGUGCAGCUGAGGAAAAGUCAACACUUGCUUACCAGAAAAAAAGAACCAUUGUCAUGGAGAGAAAGCAAAAAAAAGAGCAGAAGGAAGAGGCCGAGAAACAUAUGCGUUUGCAGGAGGAGUUGAGAUCAUUAAAGAAGGAACACUUCUUGUGGCAGUUAUUUAACAUAGAAAACGACGUUGAGAAGGCCAAUCAGGAGAUUGAAAAUGAACAGAGUAGCCUUCAAGAAAUUAUUAACGAGUUAGAUGGUUAUGAGAACGAGUCACGCAAAAAAGAAAAGGAACAAGCUAAAUAUAGAAAAGAAAUUGAAAAACGAGAAAAGAAGCUUGCUGAGAAGAAAAAUAAAAUCGAUAAAAACCAACCAGAGCUUCUGAAGCUGAAGGAGGAAAAGACUCGCUUAACUGCAAAACUUAAAAACACUGGGAAAGAGCUUGAUAAAAGGAAAGAAGAGAAGAAGAAACACACAGUUGAAAUUGAAAAGCUGCGAAAUGACUUGGAUGACCUUACAAAGCAACUGGAUAACUUACAGUCAAAAGGUCAAUCUGAAGGGGGGAAGCUUCAUUUAGGUGAUGAUCAGUUGGAGGCAUAUAAUCGCAUUAAAGAGGAAGCAGGUAUGAAGACUACCAAGUUAAGAGAUGAAAAAGAGGUUCAAGAUAGGGAACAACAUGCUGAUGUGGAAGCUCAAAAGAAUCUUGAAGAGAAUCUACAACAGUUGGAAAGCAGGAAACAAGAACUUGAGUCACAACAGAAACAAAUGGAAACUAGACUCAAGAAGAUUAGAGAAGCCAUUGACAAACAUAAUGAUGAACUCAAACGACUCAGAAAGGAACAAACUGACACCACCAAGAAACUUGGAGAUUCAAAGAAGAAAUAUGAAAAUCUGAAGGCUAAGAUAACUGAAUUAGAGAAUCAAUUACGUGAGUUAAAAGCAGACAAACAUGAAAAUGAUAGGGACACAAAGCUGUCACAAGCAGUUGAAGCUCUCAGGCGGUUGUUUCCUGGUGUUCAUGGUCGUAUGACAGAGCUUUGUAGGCCCACACAGAAGAAGUAUAAUCUUGCUGUUACUGUUGCUAUGGGCAGAUUUAUGGAUGCUGUUGUUGUUGAUAACGAGCAUACAGGAAAAGAAUGCAUCAAGUAUUUGAAAGACCAAAGGCUUCCUCCUAUGACAUUUAUACCCCUUCACUCAGUCCGUGUUAAGCCAGUCAUUGAGAAGCUGCGGGCAUUAGGCGGAACUGCAAGGCUUAUCUUUGAUGUGAUUCAAUAUCCUUCAGCAUAA